AUGGAGGAUCAAGAUCCUGAUUAUCAAUCAACUUUUGAUCCUUCAAUUGAUGAAGAGAAGUUAAAUGAACAGAGAACAGCCUUGAACAAUUUUCUUGCUGCUUGUGGCAGUAAAAGAAAAGUGAGUGUGACAACAUCUUAUAAAGAUUUAUCGCACCGUGUUAAAUUAAGAUAUGUAAGUUUAACGAAAUUCAUAAUGCAAUCAGCUACAUCGUUGAUGGUGUCGAAUGACGCUGACAUGCUUAUGCAUGAUUCAUUUAGUGAUUUUAGCAGUGGAGAGUCGAAUAUCGUUUUAGACGGAAAUUUUCGUCAAAUAAUGAGUGGUAUUUCAGAGGCAUAUAUUAAUGCUGAGUCGUGGCAAUCGAGACGAGAGAUUCUUUCGGUAGUUGUACCGAAAAUAUCAUUAAAGCUCAUGCAGUUAUUUAUACCAGGUAUAACUAGGGGCAGAUUUUCUGCAGCACGUCUGCAUGCUAAAAAAUAUAGUGCUGGUUCGAAAGUUGAAGUAACAACAAAAGUUGUACAACGAUUUGAUGAUCAUCAAAUUGCUCACUUUGUUGAUUUUGUUAUUUCACCUCACAUUUGUACAGAUUUACCUUUUGGUGAAAAAGUAUUAAAGUUAUCGUCUGGAAUCGAAUUAUUCGUUCCAAAUACGAUAAGAAAUAUGGGAGCGACUCGUAUUAUCUAUCAGUAUUUUCUUUAUUGUAAUGAGAUGUGUUCAGAUUUUGAACCACUUGAUACUAAAGAUAGUAGUGAUGAAGAAUAA